CAUUUUAACCGGAUUUAUACAUUUUUGUUCAUUGACACCGCUGUCUGUCCCGCGGUGUCUCCUCUCCUCCUGCAGGAGGUGCUGUGUCUCUUCUCUAACUAAAACGGAAGUCACGUCACAGCACCGUAGCUCCCCUCACAGCUAACUCGGAGCUUGGCUGGAGCAAAGAGAUCCGCAGCAGCUCAGAGAAACCCGAACACCGAGCCUCAGUUUGUCCCUGUGACCGGAUCAGACCGGACCGUGCCGGAUUCAGACCGCAGGAGAAGCAGCUGCCCGCAGAGAUGCCUGAAACUGAGACGUACUCCAACCCUCUGGCUCCUGAGGGCCACGACGUGGACGACCACCGAGCUGCAGCUCAGUCCAAACUGACCAACGAUGACUUCAGGAAGCUGCUAAUGACGCCGCGGGCAACGCCCUCCUCGGCCCCGCCCUCCAAGUCCAGACAUCAUGAAAUGCCGAGGGACUACAACGAGGAUGAGGACCCCGCAGCAAGGAGGAGAAAGAAGAAGAGUUACUAUGCGAAGCUGCGUCAGCAGGAGAUGGAGCGUGAGCGCGAGCUCGCCGAGAAGUACCGAGACCGAGCGAGAGAGCGGCGAGAUGGCGUCAACAAGGACUACGAGGAGACCGAGCUCAUCAGCACUACGGCAAACUACCGAGCUGUCGGACCGACCGCCGAGGCCGAUAAGUCGGCAGCAGAGAAGCGGCGUCAGCUGAUCCAGGAGUCCAAGUUCUUGGGAGGUGACAUGGAGCACACUCACUUGGUGAAAGGUCUGGACUUCGCCCUGCUGCAGAAGGUGAGAGCUGAGAUCACCAGCAAAGAGAAGGAAGAAGAAGACAUGAUGGAGAAGGUCCAGAAAGAAGCCAAGAAGGACGUGGAGCCCGAGGAGAAGAUGGAGUUUAAGACUCGUCUGGGCAGGAACAUCUACCGCGUGGUGUUCAGGUCCGGCGUGACCGAGAGGAACGAGCUCUUCCUGCCCGGCAGGAUGGCGUACGUGGUCGACCUGGACGACGAGUUCACCGACACCGACAUCCCCACCACGCUGAUCCGCAGCAAGGCGGACUGUCCCAGCAUGGAGGCUCAGACCACCCUGACCACCAACGACAUCGUGAUCUCCAAGCUGACUCAGAUCCUGUCCUACCUCAGGCAGGGAACCCGGCACAAGAAGAUCAAGAAGAAGGACAAAGGUAAACUGGACGAUAAGAGAGCUCCAGAGGCUGAUCUCAGUAUCUUUGAGGACAUCGGGGACUACAUCCCGUCCACCAAACCCACCAAAGAGAAAGAGCGUCACCGGGACAGAGACCGCGAGCGGGAGCGUGACCGUGACGACGACGCCAAGAGCCGCAGACACACCUACUUCGAGAAACCGCGAGGAGACGAGCACCAGGUGAUGGAGGUGGACACAGGUCCAGGAUCAGUCAGAGACCAGAUCAAGAUGAUCAAUGAGAAGUUUGCAGGAGCAGCGGGCAGCCAAUGGCAGAGCCAGGAGCCUGGUUCUCAGAGGAGAGACUCCAGUAAGGAGCAGCUGGGAGAUUUCUUUGGAGGAUCAAACUCAUACGCAGAGUGUUACCCUGCUACGAUGGACGACCUGGCCGUGGACAGUGAUGAAGAGGUGGACUACAGUAAGAUGGACCAGGGCAAUAAGAAGGGUCCUCUGGGCCGCUGGGACUUCGACACUCAGGAGGAGUACUCAGAUUACAUGAACAACAAGGAGGCGCUGCCCAAGGCUGCUUUCCAGUACGGCAUCAAGAUGUCUGAAGGCAGGAAGACACGACGUUUCAAAGAGACCAAUGAGAAGGCAGAGCUCGACCGCCAGUGGAAGAAGAUCAGCGCGAUCAUCGAGAAGAGGAAGAAGAUGGAGGCUGACGGGGUCGACGUGAAGAGACCAAAGUACUGAAGACACCCUGCAGACACAGCAGCUGUAUCGAUCGUGUAUCGAUCGGCUUCACGUUAGUUUAGAAACAUGUAAAUGUACAGAGAUGCUGUGAGGUCAGAGGUCACUGACCCUGAUAAGCGUGUAUUGUUAUUGAUUAGCUGUUCUUAUUGAUCAGUUUGUUUUGUGAGAAUAAAAACAUCCAAACAUC